CGCAACCAAAAGUCCGACAUCCAAUCCUCGCCCGCCGCGGAAAUCAAAGAUCGAGAACGCCGCAGGGCAAGAGAGCGCGCGCGAGAGAGAAAUCAACCAACGCCAUCGGGUCGGUCCAAUUUCCCUAGGUAACCCCGGCAGCCAACAUACCCAGUCUCACCGAGACUUCUUUCUCCUACCCUGCCGACACCACGCACCCACGAUGUCUCCUCUUCGCUCCAUCCUCGGUUCCUCAACCGGCGCUCUCCGCCAAUUUCUCCCUUCGCUGGCCCGCCAGUCCUGGACCCGCGGACUCUUCUCGACCCGGCCGUUUUCGCAAUUAGCGAAGAUCUCGCUCAGCAAUGGGCUGCGGGCGUUGCGGUCUGGAGCGCAGAGCUCGAAUGUCGGCGUUGCGAGCGUGGGGUCGACGGUUCGUCAGAUCGAACAGGUUCGGGGGAUGAAGACCCGGUCGGCGGUGAAGAGGUUGUGUGAUGGAUGCAAGCCCGUCCGGAGAAAGAACAGAGUCUACAUCAUUUGCUCGAAAAACCCCAAGCACAAGCAACGUCAAGGAAAAUAAACGGUCGCGAAGAACAGAAUGGACGGAGAGAGAUGGAACAACGCAGUGCGGGUUCGGUAGAAUACUGGGAUCUCGACUGUGGCUUUCGUUUUUAUGGGCCGGAGAGCUAUCUGCGCACGAUAGGAAUGACUCUGCUAGAGUUGUGAGACUGCUCUUUGCAUAUACUGGAUAUACCGAUUUCUCUUCUCGACAUUGACAUGGGAAACUAACUGUGCA